AUGGUCAUACCUGAGGUUAAUUGGAAUGAGGCUACUGGUAUGUUUAGAGUUUACUUAGCCCUAGUCUAACCUACUCUACUUUACCCGGCCCUACCUUAUCCUACACUAUACUACCCUAUCCUCUUUACACAGUGCCUUUAAGUACAAUAUAAGUUUUUCAGAUUGCAUCGUAUUCGGUUGUUUACUACAAAAACAUGGUGGUAUACCUCAAUUAGUGAGUAAAUUAGGCCUAGGUGUUGUUAAUAUGUUUUGUGCCACAAGCUUUAUCAUAAUAUUCAGAUACUCGCGGAAAAAUGCCAAUGACAAUGCAUUAUGGAACAAUGUAAGUCAACAUAACUAAUGUAAUGAUAUGUAGCUGUAUAAAAUGUUGCAUGUUCAGAUCACACACAUGACAUUGAAGUUGUUCAUAAACGAAAUGGUCUUUAAUAUUCUGCCAAAUAUUGCUAUACUCAUCGUUUACUAUGUAAGUUGA